UUUCAAAAAUAAUUUGCUGUAAAAAUUUUUUAAGGAAGAGAAAAAUGACAAGAUGGUGCAGCGUCAAAUAAAUUUAGAUAAUUUAGUCAAGUUGGGGUACUUGCGUUUUAUUUACAUGGAUGAAUUUUGUGAAAAUGUUGAUAUAAUAUACGGAGAGGAAAUAUUAGCUUCAUUCAAGGAUUACUUGAAUACUUUUUGUAAUAAAUAUGUAAAGCAUAUUUUGACGAGUUUGAAAAGUUUGCUUCAAUUAGGAUGA